CAUCAGCAUAUUGAUAUCAUUAUUUAACAAUUUGAUAAGUAUCUAGGUUUAGGUAUAUCCACUUCGACAUCUAUUGGAAUUUCGUGUUCACAGGCCGCUUGGGGUUGAAUGUAUCGUUCCCACACUGAUAUCAAAAGCGCCUCUGUGUGCCCAAUGACGCUACCCGUGUGACGCAAUAGCACCUGACGACGCCAUGUUGGCCGAGAGUCCGCCGGGACAUGUUUCCCCGCCGUUCUUUCACAACGAAGGGACGCGGAAUAAGCGUCUGUCCGACGUGAAACGUGGGGCGGAGUACUAUAAAAAGCUCGACCACAUCGCGGAGGCGCAAUGGAAAACAAAUAUACCCCAGUUUCCGCCAGUUCCGCGGAAGCUAUCUGUAUUACCGACGAUAUCGACGUCCGUCUUAAGCGAACCGGAAUCGAGCUCACGUCGAAGUCAAACGUUCAAUAUGACGUCAACGCCACGGCAGAGCAUGUCAGGAGCUGACAGUACCGUGACCGGAUAUACCGGCUACACGGGAACAUCGAUGAGCCUUCCGUCCCACAUUUCUAGAAUUGUUCGCCACCGCCACGCCGAUUACGAAUCGCCGCUGGCUCCCAUCUCCGACGACGAAGAACGGAACUACAAUCCAUGGGGAACCACCCGGAACCCCCUGGAUGAGCAGACGAUGCUAACACCUGAGGACAUGCGACCAAGGGAACUACCGUUUCAGUUCCGCGACUCCCGAAAACUCGUCAUGAAACCUACGCCCAAGAGGUCAAUGCCCAUGAGUCGAGUUGCGGAUUCAGUGCGCGAACGUCACCAGCGUACCGUAACAAACUUCCGGUCAAGAAACGGCACGAUUCGCGUCAUUCGUCCUCUGGAUCCGUUGCCUGAAAUCGAGAAAUAUCACAGAUCCUACAAACCGGAAGUCUUCGACAUUGAAAAUAUUGAACGCGAGAAGACGUUCAUGAUGUUAGAACGCAUUGACAAGAUUUUGCAUCCGAACCGGAAGUCACCAAGGACACCGCUCGGUUCGAGCGAGGAAGAAAUCCCUGCGACGUCAACUUCUUCCUUCACAUUAACGGAAAAUCCAAAAGAAUUACGAAUCAUUCAGUUUUCCAUGAACUAUUCUGAGUUACACCGGAAGAACACAAAAAGUCCGCAGGUUUUCAGUCCGUUAACAACUCCCCGUUUGGAACACAGUUCGCUUUCCAAGACUGCCAAAGAUCAGAGAUCAAGGUCAGAACGGCCAAAAAGGCCCCGAAUCAAGUUCAACGAAGAUCCGUUUAAAUUACUCCCACCAAAAACGUUCUCUGACGUUUUAAAGUCGCUGGAGACAUCGCUUCCAGAUAUUGAUAGCAAAUGUCAGUCUUGGAUUGAAAAGAACGCGUAGUGAUUUAAAACAUUAAGGUGGUGCGUACCGUGACUGUUUAAAAACGCGUCAUUUAUGCAGAUGAAAAUACUUUUCAAAAAUGAUAUAAUUUUGCGUGUCUUAAUUGUUUAUGUACGCAAUUUUACAUGAUUAUCUGUGUGCGUUUAUGUUUAGAACUGUCAGUCGUGAAAAAUUGAUGGGGCAUGGUUGUGGUUGUUGAUCUUAGAAGUUUAAGUACGUAUACCCCUGUGGUCCCUUUACUGCAUUUAAUAGACUAUAGUACCGGGGAAUUUACUUUUCGUA